AUGGGUUUACGCCAACAGAAAGUCUUGGUGACUAUACUUGGUUUUGGGGAUCCCAGUGUGGCACUGUGCCUUUUUCCGGUGUUUCGCCUGAAAACUUUUCUUUCUCUGGAGGUUUCCAUGGUAUCCGCCUACCUGAAGGUCAGGAUGAGCCUCCAGGCCUCACCUCUCCUGCAGCUGGCAGGAAGAAGUUUGCUGAAAGAUGAAGCUUUGACCAUCUCUGCUCUGAAGAGCCUGCCCAUAGAGCUCUUCACACCACUGUUCAGGCGUGCAUUCACCAGCAAACAAGCUACAACCCUGAAGAUGAUGGUGGCAGCCUGGCCCUUCCCAUGCCUUCCUGUGGGAGCCCUGAUGAAGACUUUCCACCUGGAGACCUUGAAGGCUAUGUUGGGUGGUCUGGAUUUGCUGAUGGCAGAAAAGACCCUCAGCAGGUGGAAGCUACAAGAGCUCUAUUUAUGAGAUGCCUAUCAUAACUUCUGGAAUGUGUGGGCUGGAAUAGAGGGCGGUGUCUGCUCUCCAGAUGUCAUUAGCAAGAACCAACCAGUGCUGUAUGAUCCUACACGAGAGGAAAAACAGGCCUUGACUGUUUUGAUGAACCUUUCUCUUAAGUCCAGCCAUCCAUGUCCAUGCAUAAAAUAUAUUUACCAGUGGGCCAAGCAGAGAAAAAGUGUACUCCAGAUGAUCUGUCUGAAGCUGGAGUUUGGGGCCAUCCCUGCCUUUAACCUCCUAGACCUGCUGGAGUUUAUUGAGCCAGGCUUUAUUCACAAAUUGGAAGUGUGUACAAGCUGGGAUCUGAGAACCCUUGUCUUGGUAGCCCCUGGCCUGGAACAGAUGAAAAAUCUUCAGAAACUUCUCAGUAAAAUAUACAUGCUGUUGGAGUGGCGUUGGAACAGAGAGAUUAAAGAGAGGUGUUUUACAGAGUUCACUCUCCAUUUCUCCAAACUCCAUAAGCUCCAGCAUCUCUAUUUGAAUGAUGUCUGCUUCCUGAAUGAAUGCCUGGACCAAGUGCUCAAGUACUUACAGGAUCCCUUAAAAACCCUUGCAAUCACUCAUUGCAUGCUGUCACAGUCAGACAUGGGUUAUCUGUCUCAGUCUCCAAGUGUCCAUCAGCUUACACACCUGGACCUGAGUGGUGUCCCCUUUUUAAAUUUAAGUCAUUUACUUCUAUGAAGAUUGCUAGAAAGACUGAUAGCUACGCUGCAAACAUUAAGAUUGGAGAACUGUUUGAUCAUGGACUUCCAAAUCAGUGUCCUCCUGCCUGCCCUGAGCCAGUGCUCCCAAUUCAUGGAGGUCAAUUUUCAGAAGAACUUCCUGUCUCUGAGCAGCCUGAGGAAGCUGCUGCGGCACACUGCCAACCUGAGUCAGCUGACCAGGAAGAUGUACCCUGCUCCAACUGAGGUCUAUGACGACACUGGUGAUAUCCUACCAGACAGAUUUGCACAAUGUUCUGAGCUUAUGAUGAACACACUCAAGGUUAUGAGACAGCCAAAAGAGAUCUACUUUGUGAGUAACAGAUGUCUAGGUUGUCAUAGAUUCUGUGUGUACAACUUGAAGGCCACACUGUGUUCCUGUUGGCAGUAA